AUGGAUCGAUUCGGGCGGAAAUUCACCAUCCAAAUGGGAGCGGCCAUCUGUCUUGUUGGUGCCAUUCUUCAAGCCGCUGCCAAAAACCUUUCCAUGAUUCUUGUCGGUCGUAUUCUCGCCGGAUGGGCGGUCGGUCUCAUGUCCAUGUCCGUGCCGGUAUACCAAGCAGAAUGCGCGCAUCCUCGCUCCCGUGGAUUCAUCAUUGGUCUCGCACAGCAGAUGAUUGGUAUCGGGUUCAUUGUUAGCACGUACGUUUCCUGUUAUCUUAAUGACCUGCACGCUUGA